CUACAAUGACAAACGUGUGUAAAUUUAUCAUCACACUCCUCUCAUUCAUUUAUUUCACUUUUUGAAAGUUUCUGUUUUCGUUUUGAGGAGCAAAAAAAAAAAAACAUUUCAUGUAAAUAGACGUUCAACGAUUCAAAACAAUUAAAAGAGUAUACAGCAAUGAAACAGCAAUCGGGUGCUCCGGAAAAGUUAAAAAUUAACAAGCCCAGUUCGUUGCUGACCCAAGAGGAAAAUGAGCACAUAUUCAGUCUGUUGGGCAGACGAUGCCAGUCGAUGGCAACAGCUGUUGUACAACUUUACAUAACGGAAUCACCAGCCCAUUCGUUGUGGAUAAAACGGAACACGGGCAUUGCGUGUUUCAUUCGGGACAGUACGAAGCGGUCCUACUUUGUACGGAUCUACUGUCUGAUGAAAAACGAAUUGAUUUGGGAGGAGGAAAUGUACGAGUCGAUUUACAUAAACAAAUCCAAAGAAUAUUUACUGGAUUUUGAGGGUCGAGAAUGUUUGAUUGCGUUGAACUUUGCUUCGGAAUCCGAAGCCAACCAGUUCUACAAAACGGCUACAAAUACCAUAUCUAAUCGAUCAAAGCGGCGACAAGAUACCAACAAGCGUCGUAGCCGAAGGAUACCACCUCCGACACCGAAUGCAUCCGCUCAACCAGAGGAACCGGCGGUUGUGCUUCGGAACGCUGCACCUCCAUCUGCCACCAUGCAGAUGAGCCAGUUUUCCCAAAUGUCACCAAGUUCCAUUCCAAGUUCGGGUCUGCGCAACAAAAAGCCAGGCAAUCGAAAGUUAACCAAAGCCGACAUAAGCAUGCCCACGGAUUUCAAGCAUGUGGUCCAUGUGGGAUGGACGGCACAAAAGGGAUUUGAUUUGAACGGCGAAGAAGUGGACAAUCUGAAUCAUUUCCUGGAACGGGCCGGUGUGUCCGAACAGCAAUUGAACGAUCGUGAAACGAGGGCAUUCAUUUACGAUUUCAUCCAAAGCAAUAAUGUGUUGGACUCGGUGAAAUUGGAAAACAGUGAUCAAAGUGGUAGACAUGCUCCGCCGCCAGUACCAUCAAGACUUCAUAACGGAACACAACGGACUGCACCGCCUCCACCGCCAGCCAAUAGUGUUCAACAACGUCAGCCGUUACCGCCUUUGCCUAAAACUACACCUCAUCGUGCGACACCUCCUGGUCGUCCACCACCAAUGACAACAAACAACACCCCGACAUCUGCUGCUCCAAUUCCGCCACCACCACCACCGCCUCCAAUUGAAAAUGUUCCAAUGCCUCCACCACCGCCACCAAUGAAUGCAGAUUUUGCUCCAAGACCCGUAGCCAAUACACCAAGAAAUGCCUUGCUGGAAAGUAUCGAAAAGGGAAUCACGUUAAAGAAAGUGGAACACACACAAAACGCUGAAAAUGUCACAAACAACGGCGGUGGCGAUGAUUCGAGAAACGAUUUACUGAAAUCGAUUCGACAAGGCGUCGAACUGCGUCCGGCUGCCGAACGUGAACUUGGCGCUCAGCGUGAAAGUGAUAGUGGUGGUACCGGUACGGAUGCGUUGGCAGAUGCUUUGCGUCGGGCUCUACUGGAGAGAGGCCGACGGCUCCGAUCGUCGGACGAAGAAAGCGAAAGUUCCGAUAAUGAUGGCGAAUGGGACGAUUAGGAAAAGAGCAACGAGACGGAGCUACGCCAGCGUUAAUAAAAUUACAACCAAACCAACCAAGCAUUGCAUUGUAUUCGGAAAAGUUUUUUUUUUUUUGUUUUUGAUAAGCAUAUCGUCACAGAGCUGAAACAAUGUUGGCCCAUUUGCUGUGAGCUUUGAAAAGCUUUGAACUUCUAUUGAAAUGUAAAAACCGAAAAAUUGAACUUUUCCAUUCAAAGCUGAUGGCCAAAUUGAACUUUCGUUGUUUGGGGCUUUUAAACAGGUCACGGUUUGUUGUGCGUAUGCUCAAAUAGUCUGAUUGGGCAACGAUUUUCCUUUUAAUUUUAUUUCUUAUACUAAAUUAGGAUCGGUGAAUGGGUUUAAUGUUUAUUUAACAAUUUCAAGCAGUUACGGCGCAGUACACGUCAGUUUCUUUAAGUGCCAAAUAAAUUAGUUGAAUCAAUUUUGAUUAACACGGACAAAUGCCGCGAAUGUUCGUUUGUGCUCAUAAAUCACACAUUUCAAUUGGCUGUUCGUCGGUGAACACUCAGCACUGGUUAUAAACUUAUCACUUUGUCGCUACUUGUGAUCAUUUCGAAAAAUCAAAAGCAAAUUGCAUUGGAGAUAUGGACAACCAAAACAGUUGUAACGAUGACUUUCUGUCGUCAUUGCAAUUUCAAUGAAAUCUUCGCGUACGUUCCUAGCACCUGGGUGUUUUUUCCACACAGAUCCAUUAAUCACUUACUUAAAAUUAGGCUUAAUUGAAGCAUUUUACCAUCAUCCGCUACUACUACUUACUGCCUUCAGUAAUCCUCUUUUCCACAUAACUUCUAAAACACAUUUGAAAUGUUCGCGCGUCUACCGGUUAUGUUUUAACGGAGAAAUCAGGUAAGGUGGACCUGAUUUGAAAAUCCUUGACUCUGUUUUGACCUUGAAACCUGAAAAUCUUAAUGAAAAUUUCGGGUUACAGGUCUAGUCCUUGACCGCAGUCGACCUCAGUCGAUCAAUUCUGUUGCUUUGGUUUUUAUUUUUCUAUUUGUUAAUUCUGAAUGGUAAAUUGUUAAUUUUCUGAAAAGCAUUACCAGGUGACUUAUCUAGUCGAUGAAACGAGGAUUUGGCAUACACAAAAAAAAACAAAAGUGAAUUUACGAACCAAUUUAAUUAGAUUAACCUGAACAAUGUUUUGUAGAUUUAAUUUUACAGAAAAAUAAAUAAAUUUAGAAUUUUAUUUAACAGAA